AUGGCUUCCAAAACGUCCCUUCUCUCAGCCAUAGCAAACCGACGUACAAUCUACGACCUCACAGCCACCUCCCCGAUCCCAGACUCGCGCAUCAUCGACAUCGUGCAGCACAUCACCCUCCAUGUCCCCUCCCCCUUUAACAGCCAAUCCGCCCGAUUCCUCAUCCUGCUGCGCGAAGAGCACCAACGGCUCUGGGACCAGGCGCGUUCCAUCAUGUCGCAGGUUCUCCCCGAGACCGUGUUCACGACGUACUUUGCUCCCAUGAUAGCCAAGUACCGCGGAGGCUACGGCACGAUCUUGUGCUUCGAGGACCAAGCUACCGUGGCAGCCCUGGCGAAGCAGUACGACGGUAUCAUUCCGCAGGACAAGUUCCAGCAGUGGAGCGAGCAUAGUGCCGGCAUGCAUCAGUUUGCAUUGUGGUGUGCGCUGGAGGCGGAGGAGCUGGGCGCCAAUUUACAGCACUAUAAUCCGAAUAUCGACGGUAUGGUCCGACAGACUUGGAGCGUGAGUCCAGACUGGGCGUUGAAGGCGCAGCUGGUGUUUGGGACACCGGCGGAUGAUGCCCGGAACAACUUGAAAGAAAAGGAGGUCAAGCCGCUGGAGGAGAGAGUGCUGGUGAAAGGUACCUAG